GAAUAGGUAAACAAAUUAAUUAUCCGUUUGCGGCACAUUUCUCACCGAAGAAGAAGGAGAAGUUUGAUCGGUAUCUAUCUACCUCUGCACGAUGACGAUAGCGACGCCUUUCAGCGGGGCUGCGAACUCGGUUACGUCGGCGAAAACCGUGCUGAUAACGGGGGUGAGCAAAGGUCUGGGAAGAGCCUUAUCUCUCGAGAUGGCGAAGAGAGGCCACACUGUGAUUGGAUGCGCCCGAACUCAGGAGAAGCUCACCGCUCUUCAAUCGGAGCUCUCCUCCCCGGAGAAUCAUCUCCUCCUCACCGCCGAUGUGAAAUCAGAUAGCAGUGUCAAAGAGAUGGCACACACAAUCAUGGAGAAGAAGGGUGUCCCAGACAUCAUAGUUAACAAUGCCGGUACGAUCAAUAAGAACAGCAAGAUUUGGGAAGUCUCUGCAGAAGAUUUUGACAGUGUCAUGGAUACAAACGUCAAAGGAGUAGUGAAUGUACUACGCCAUUUCAUCCCUUUGAUGCUCCCACGGAAGCAAGGGAUUAUUGUUAACAUGUCUUCUGGAUGGGGAAGAUCUGGUGCUGCCCUGGUUGCACCUUACUGUGCAUCCAAAUGGGCCAUCGAGGGUUUAAGCCGAUCAGUGGCAAAGGAGGUAGCUGAAGGAAUGGCAGUGGUUGCAUUAAAUCCAGGAGUGAUCAACACAGAAAUGCUCACUUCCUGCUUUGGCAACACAGCUUCCUUGUAUCAAGCUCCUGAUGCAUGGGCUGUGAAGGCUGCAACGAUGAUUCUGAACCUUACAGCGGGUGAUAAUGGCGGAUCUCUUACGGUCUAACAACUAAACUACACUUUGCUUUUUGACUUCAGUAAUAUGGAUAAGGAGCUUCUUCAGCAGAGUCCUUUGAUUUGAGGCUUUAAUUCAUUUCUGUAACCAGAAAUUUUAGCAUAGUCACUACGUUCUAAGUUCAACUAAGCUGUAUUUUUUUGUAACGUUUUCACUGAAGUCAAUUUUAGAUAA